AUGGGAGUUUUAAUUAAAGAAAAUCGUCGAGGCCCAGCGAACGAUCUCGGUCUCACAACGUUUGAACAAUUGCUACAAGAAGUUAACCAAGGUCUUGGUCUGCCUCCGAUGAAUUCCGCAGACCAUCAAGUUCAUUUUGACGCCAGCCUAAGUAGUUACGGACAGCGUCAAGGCAACACGGACGGUCUUGUAACGAUUGAUAAAUGGCCUCCAUCAGGCAAUCAAGGUGGGCUCGGGCUGUCUCAAAUCUUCGGUCUUGGAGAGCCUCAGCCCACUUACGAAGUUUCUCGAAAGAACUCUGAAACCCCUCUAAGUAAGGCUGCCGGUUUUGUGACCGCCAAACGGUGGCGAAAGGGAGAUAACGAACAAGCAUUUGAUGAACUUCCGAAUGGAGCUCCUGUCGAUUUCGUAGGCCUCCAAAAAAAACCUCUUCACAAAAGGAGAAUAAAUAAACGAGGUAAAUGUUUCCUGCUUUGA